UGCCCUGCGCCCCCAGCCCCGGAUCGACGUGGUCCCGACCUUGGUGGAGAUGGCUCACCUCUUGAGGUCGCGCGUGCCAACCUGGCCUCCUCCUCCCCGAGGCCCUAGCGGCCACACGCAUCAGGAGCACGAUACAGGACAGCAGUGCUAUGACCUCCUGGUGAUCGGCGGGGGAUCUGGCGGCCUGGCCUGUGCCAAGGAAGCCGCUCAGCUGGGAAAGAAGGUGGCCGUGGUGGACUAUGUGGAGCCUUCCCCCCGAGGUACCAGGUGGGGCCUCGGUGGCACCUGCGUGAAUGUCGGUUGCAUCCCCAAGAAGCUGAUGCACCAGGCGGCGCUGCUGGGAGGCAGCCUCCACGACGCCUCCCACUUUGGCUGGGAGGUGGCCCAGCCCAUCCGGCAUGACUGGAGGAAAAUGGCAGAAGCUGUUCAAAACUACGUGAAGUCCCUGAACUGGGGGCACCGGGUCCAGCUGCAGGACAGAAAAGUCAAGUACUUUAACUUUAAGGCCAGCUUUGUCAAUAAACACACGGUUUGCGGUGUCUCAAAAGGUGGGAAAGAGACUCUGCUUUCAGCCGAGCACAUCGUCAUCGCUACCGGGGGCCGGCCGAGGUACCCCACGCACAUUGAAGGUGCCUUGGAAUACGGGAUUACAAGUGACGACAUCUUCUGGCUGAAGGAAUCCCCAGGAAGAACGUUGGUGGUCGGAGCCAGCUACGUAGCCCUGGAGUGUGCCGGCUUCCUCACCGGGCUCGGCCUGGACGCCACCGUCAUGAUGCGCAGUGUCCCGCUCCGGGCUUUCGACCAGCAAAUGGCUUCCUUGGUCACAAAUCACAUGGCAUCUCAUGGCACCCGGUUCCUGAGGGGCUGCAUCCCCUUGAAAGUGGAGAGGCUCUCAGACGGCCAGCUCCAGGUCACCUGGGUGGACCUCGCCUCUGACAGGAAGGACACAGGCACCUUUGACACCGUCCUGUGGGCCGUAGGUCGAGUUCCGGAAACUGGAAGUCUGAAUUUGGAGAAGGCUGGUGUCCGGACCAGCCCCGACACUCAGAAGAUCCUGGUGGACGCCCAGGAAGCCACCUCCGUUCCCCACAUCUACGCCAUCGGAGACGUGGCAGAGGGGCGGCCUGAGCUGACGCCUACGGCUAUCAUGGCCGGGAGGCUCUUGGCGCGGCGGCUCUGUGGCCAGUCCUCAGACCUGAUGGAUUACGACAAUGUCCCCACGACGGUCUUCACCCCUCUGGAGUAUGGCUGUGUGGGGCUGUCAGAGGAGGAGGCUGUGGCUCGCCAUGGAGAGGACAGUGUGGAGGUGUAUCACGCGUAUUAUAAACCACUAGAGUUCACGGUGCCAGAACGGGAUGCGUCCCAGUGUUACAUAAAGGUGGUGUGCCUGCGGGAGCCCCCACGGCUGGUGCUGGGCCUGCACUUUCUUGGCCCUAAUGCGGGCGAAGUUACUCAAGGAUUUGCUCUGGGGAUCAAGUGUGGGGCUUCCUACGAGCAGGUGAUGCGGACUGUGGGCAUCCACCCCACUUGCGCUGAGGAGGUGGUCAAGCUGCGCAUCUCCAAGCGCUCGGGCCUGGACCCUACCGUGACGGGUUGCUGAGGUUAAACAGCCAUCCCUCAGGCCCAGGGCACACGGCACACCUGCUACUCCCCAGCCAGGCUGGGCAGAGGCUCAGAUCCAGGACGCUGGAGCCUAGGCCACGUCACCUCUGCCUCAUGCAUCUGGACCAGCUGCUGAGUGCCCUGCAGGGAUGGCUCCGGGGGCUGUCGCCCCAGGCCUGCUCCUCGCACCCCCAGACGCUGAUGCCAGCCCAUGACGACCUGGGCAGAAACCCCACCGUGGGCUGCCCUCGUCCGAGCCCCCUGGCAUUUCCAGAGCGCAAAUAAAGAGGGUGUUUUUCUAAA